GAGUAAGAGCAAAGCGAAAGGUGUAAAGCGCGAAGCCACAGUCCCCGUCCCCGGCGCUUCCCCCCCAGACCCUUCUCCAUCAAUCUAGGGUUUCAAUCCAUGGACUCCUCUCCCUCUCCCUCCCCUUCUUCGCCCUCUCUCUCGUCCGCCGCCGCCGCCGCACACCGCCGCAGCGAGAUCCGCCUCACGGUGACGCAGCUCGAGCAGCGAAAGGUGGAGGAGAAGGUCGCCGAGAUCUACCGCGUCCUCCAUGGCGUCGCCCCCCACACCCAAUCCCUCAUGCUAGAGCUGUGGCGUGAUAAGCAUGUAGAGUAUUUGAGCAGAGGACUUAGACUACUGGGGCCGAGCUUUCAUGUACUUGAUGCAAACCGACCUUGGCUGUGUUAUUGGAUUCUUCAUUCACUUACUUUAUUAGGAGAGCGGCUUGACCCGGAAUUCGAGAGUGCUGUCGUGGACUUUUUAUCUCGUUGUCAGGACAAUGAUGGUGGAUAUGGCGGUGGACCUGGGCAGAUGCCUCAUCUUGCAACAACUUAUGCUGCAGUAAAUGCACUUGUAACUUUAGGAAGUGAGACAGCAUUGUCAUCGAUUAACAGAGAUAGUUUAUACAAGUUUCUGUUGCGGAUGAAAGAUUCUUCAGGUGCUUUCAGAAUGCAUAAUGCUGGUGAAAUUGAUGUUCGUGCUUGCUAUACAGCAAUCUCGGUUGCAAGCCUUUUAAACAUUCUGGACAAUGAGCUUGUGAAAGACUUAGGAACUUACAUAAUGAGAUGUCAAACAUAUGAGGGUGGCAUAGCUGGAGAACCUUAUUCUGAAGCUCAUGGUGGGUACACAUUUUGUGGGCUGGCCACGAUGAUUUUGAUUAAUGAGGCAGAUAGACUAGACUUGCCUAAUCUUAUUAAUUGGGUUGCUUUUCGUCAGGGGGUGGAAUGUGGAUUUCAAGGUCGAACUAAUAAAUUGGUUGACGGUUGCUAUUCCUUUUGGCAAGGAGGCGUACUUGCUUUAAUCCAAAAAUUAUCUUCAAUUGUUGAUGAACAAUUGGAAUCGUCAUUUGGUAAUAACGGGCGGUCUCCAGCGAAGAGUGCCUGUGAGAGCGCAUCAUCUGAUUUGGUUGGAGAGAGACCUCACAUUGGAAAUUUUUUGGAUAUUGGUUUUGAGUUUUCGCACAGAGACAAUGAAAUUGGUCCUCUGUUCCAUACCAUUGGUUUGCAACACUAUAUACUUCUGUGCUCACAGGUGUUGGAGGGAGGUUUCAAGGACAAGCCCGGCAAGUCCCGAGACUUCUACCACUCGUGUUACUGCCUAAGCGGUCUAUCUCUGAGUCAGUAUAGCUGUACAAGUGAUAGUGAUUCACUUCCUCCUCCUGAGGAUGUACUCGGCCCUUAUUCAAACUUGUUGAAGCCAACGCAUCCUCUCUACAAUGUCGUGCUCGAUCAAUACUACAAGGCUCGCGAGUACUUUCAUAGUGCUUGAGCACUAACAUUUUUAUUUUAUACUAUACAAUAUGCAAUCUCCUUAAUACGAAGGAACAGAAAAAUUCUGGGUGUUUUAAAAGAAUCAAUGCUUGCUUGAUGCCUGUAGGAUGUUACAUAGAAAGAGAAAACCUGGAAAGAGACUGUGGGUGUACUAAAAAGCUGUAACUUAGUUUGAACAUCUGCAUGUAUCAUGGAAUUCCUAUUUACAAUUUUUAUGGAUGCUUUGUGUUCAUUGAGUGCAA